AUGUUAAACAAGGAUGUAGCUCCAAAUGGAGCUUCUUUGACUGAUAAAAUGUUGGUGAAGGAUUGUCGUGAUGUUGAAUUAACAUUUCUAAAAAAGGUGAACAAUGAAUAUUCGUCAGUAUUGUCUCCGGGUGUAAGUGAACAAGGUGAAAAACGGGGUAGGACACCAAGUGAUAAUGAAUAUGAUCUUCAAGUUAAUGGUCAUGGAACACCGAAAAGAACACGAGCAAUUCAACGAAAAACACGUACAAUUACCAACUCUUCGUAUGUAGUGACAACUACAACUUCAGCCAAUAAGAAUCUUUCUCACCAGAGAAUGGAAGAUGAUAACAACCAUUUAUUAAGUAAACAGAAUGAUACAAUUGUUAAUUUUGAAAGAAAUAAUAAUAAUAAUAAAUUUAAUAUUACAAAUGAUGCGGUUGUAUAUUCAGUUGAUCAAUCUUUUACACCAAUUAAAAUUAUAUGCGAACCAAAAAUAAAUGAACAUAAAGAUGGUGCAAAUAUUAUCAAGGAAUUAUUCAAACUCAUCGUUGAUGAUUUUAAAAAAAUUAAUCCGAAGCAUAAUGAAAUUAUUGGAUUUGAUUCGUGGUAUAUUGACAUUAAUGGUGAUUUACAAUGUAUUACUCGUGAUGUUGAUUUAUUUAUCUAUUUAUGUGAUGUUAAACAUGUUCCUAAUAUGUUAUUAGAUACAAAAAUAAAGGUGGUUUUACCAAGGCAUUUACCUGCCAAACGUUCUGUUAUUAUUAAAGGUGUACCUAUUACAUUUAGUAUUGAUGAAGUUAAAAAUGAAAUUAUGAAUAUAUAUAAGUCAGUGUAUUCAAUUAUAGAAUUAUUAGGUACAAAUAAUGGUAGAACACGUUAUCUACGUCUCGAUUUAAUUAAUACAGAUGAAUAUAAACAAUUAUUGAAUUAUGGAAAAAUAUGUAUUGAUGGUCAAUGUCUACAGGUCUUUGAAUAUCUUGCAGCACCUCGUGUUCUAUUUUGUUCAAUGUGCAACCUACCCGGUCAUAGCAAAAAGUAUUGUAAAUUCACAUUUGAUCGUUGUAGGAGAUGUGGAGAAGACAGGAAAAAUGGAGAUCAUAAAAAUUGUGUCAUUAGUUGUCAUAAUUGUAAGGGAGAACAUGUUUCUACUGACUUUAGAUGUCAAACUGUUCAAAAUUACCGUCGUGAUCUUAUACAUUAUCUUAAACAUCAUCCUGAAAGAUUACCUACUGAUACACAAUUUUUUAUUCCUUCUCAAUAUCGUUCAUAUGGUGAAAGUGCUCUAUAUAACAGACGUCCAUAUUCUCAACUGAUGACUAUGUCACCUAAUAGAAAACAACAACUUACCAAUGAUGAUUGGCCUUCGUUACCACCUCCUGCACGUUCCACCAUCAAUUAUUCUAAUUACACUAGCUCAUCUUCAUCAGAUGCUAUUAAAAAUUUACAAAUACAACUGAAUCAUUUAGAUAAAUGCUGUUCUAUUGACAAAAAAAAAUACGAAAAGAAAAACAUAGAAAUAAAAACACAACUUAAUGAAAGUUUAACACAACUAAAAUCAUUAAACAUCUGCUUUUCUACCAUCAUACAACGUCAAAAUGAAACUAUUAUUAUGCUUAAAGAUACUAUUAACGAAUGUUUAGAAAUUAAUAAAUACACCAUUCAAGCUGUAUGUUUAAUGAUGACAAAAUCGAAUGAUCAACAAUAUGAAGAAAUCAUAAAGCAAAUAUCAAAUCUCCCAAUUGCUGAACGUCAAUCUUCAAUUGAUAAAAUUUUCUCAACUUAUACACCUCUUAUUGAUGAACUUAUGUCGAAGAUUGUGGCAAUUACAAAACAAAUACAGGUAUUAAAUGACUAG